AGUCGGCCUCGCUGUUUACCAGCGCACUCUGCGCCCUGCCGUAUUAAAUUUUCUUCGUUCGCCAAGACCUAUCGCGCAACAGCACUCGGCCCAGCACAGUUUGUUCUUCGCCGCCCGCGCUCUCCGAACCACAGACCGUCGAUGUGCAGACCACUGCCGACAGACACCCACCAACCAAUCUAGAGGACGCGCGAAAAAUGGGUUGGCCGAAGAGCGGUGGCGGCAGUGGAGGGCGGCAACGACGGCGGCAGCUUUUUAAUCACGACGGCAUGUAGCGAAAGAAACAUGGAGCUGGCUCAAAAAAUCCUCAACGGCCAACACAAAGAGGCGCCGCCGUGGCCCGUGCCCUUAAUUUUGAAAGCGUUUGUCGCGUCCACCGGAGCAGACUUCGAGGAGGAGCGGCGCUCCCUGCUGGAACAGGUGGGGCCCGAAGUGCAGAGCGAGUUUGACUCGGUGGGGCUGGAGGUGCAGCUGGUGGACACCUACUACUGCAACUCGGAGGCGGCCCCCGACCCAUGGUCCUGCGACCAGUUCCUCGACGAGAUCUCAAGAUGCAGCCGAGUUUCGCGCGGCUGCUUCUUCCUGGUGCUGGUGGGGGAGACGCUGGGUGAGCAGCACGUGCCGACGAGACUCGCGCCUGAUGAGCUGCGGGCGAUUCGCGCCGCGUGCGAUGACGACGAAGGCCUCCUCGCCGCCUCCUACGUCGAGGAGCAGCCGACGGGCGGCCACUUUGUUUUGCAACAACCGCCCCGCAGACAAGAGGUGCUGGAGUGGAUAGAACGAGAUUUGCCAAAGCUGAGGCAAUUAUUUAAAAAAGCGGCGCAGCGGCUGGCCGGGAACAAGGGUCCUGGGAGAUUGCCAGACCUGAUAACGCGAAGCGUCGUCGAAGCGCAGCUGCAGCACGCCUUGGCGGAGUCGCAGAAUGGUGCAAACAUCAUCGCCGUAUUGAGAAAGUGGGACAAUCUGAGAGAAAGCAGUUCUGAGCGCUGCGAACUAUUCAAGCACUUCAAUACUGCCACUUGUGAUCGAUUAAAUGUUAUUCGGAAAUUUAUAGAAGCCAAUUUGCCGGCUGAAAAUGUCUUCAAAAUAAGUGCUCCUUGGUGUUCGCGCGGUGCCGAUCCGGACGACGAGGCGUUCGAGAAGUAUCUCAACCUGUUUCGAGACACCCUCACUGCCCGGCUUCAAGAGCUCGUCUCCGGCGACCUCGACAAUCAACCAGACCCUCUCAAUGGACGCUCCAAGGCCACACAGGACGUGCUGCACGAAGCGUCGUGCCACUUGUCCAUCUGGCGGCAACACCUGGCGCAGAUCGAGCACGCGACGGAACUGCGGCAAUCGCCCCUUCUGGCGCAGAUCAAGGGCCACUUGGAGGCCGCGGUGCGCGAGCGGCACGGGCCGUUGCUGGUGCACGGCUCGCUGGGCAGCGGCAAGAGCUGCGUUCUCAGUUCCGUGACUCAAGAGGCCUCCAAGUGGCUGCACGGCCGCCCCUUGACGCGAAUUGUCCGUUUCUCAGGCGCCACCCCGCGCUCGGCCUACGGACUCGAGCUCCUGCGCAACGUUUGCCAGCACUUGAGUCUCAUUUUGGGUGUUGACACAAUUCCAAAGGACUGCAGUUUUGACCCUCUGUAUGUAAACAACUGGUUCGGCACCCUUGUCAGACGGGCUGGCGAGGCAUGGCAGGACGGCGGGUCAACGGUGCUUUUUGUGAUCGAUGACCUGCACCGCCUGCAACCCCUCGAUUCGGACAUCGUGGCGCCGCUUUCGUGGCUGCCGGUGUCGCUGCCACCGGGAAUAAUCGUUUUGGCUGCCACUUCGACACACCCGGAGCACCUCAAGUUCACGCCUCUGCAGAAGGAGCGACUUCGGGCCGCCGACUGCUACCUCAGCCUCGCCAACGACAAGGCACCACCACCACUAGCAGUUGCUCUUAAUGGCGGCGAGCACAUAGAAAAGGCCGUGUGCCAAGUGUUCGAUGAUGCUGAGAGCGUCCUUGGUCGCGCAAUCAUCGAGCGAUUUUCUUCGCUGCUCGCCUGUGCCGAAUUCGGGUUAACUGAGAUGGAGCUAUUGGAAUUGAUGCUGCCUGCCAGUCACGCGAACGGAACGCCGGCUCUGAUGGAGGAGGGCCACUGCAAUUUCGCCAGCCUCUGCGCCCUCAGAUCAAUUCUUGGGCCGCUGCUGCGCGAAAUCUAUUUGAGCGGCAAACUGCUGCUCCGCUGGCGGCACGUCUCCAUGGCAGAAGUGGCGCGCUCCAGAUACAUAUCAUCCACCGAAAAGGCCAAAAGCACCCACAUGGAGUUGGCCAAUCUGUUCUUCAGCGAGUUUCAGCAGGAGGAGAGCCAAAAGUCGCAAUCCGAGGGAGGCGACAAGGCGGCCCCGGAAACCAUGCUCGGCGAGGACGUCACCUACAGCGUCAGACACGUCGAAGAGGCCUGGCUGCACCUCCUCAAAGCAGGUGACCCGGAGCGGCUGAAGAAGCUGACUGUGUGCAACUUUGACUUUCUGCUGGCGGCCGUUCAAACGGUGUCUGUCAGCUUUUUGAGGUGCGUGCUGGAGCAUGUGAGGUGCUAUCUGCUGGACUCGCACCUUGAGCUCGUCUACUAUACCAUCCGAAAAUCUUGUGAUACUAUUACCAGAGAUCCGCUCCAACUGGCUGCACAAAUCAUAAGCUGGCUUGCAAACGAGCGGCACGGCACGCUGAUAAAAUCGCUGGUGACCUCGGCGAUGGCCUGGUGCGACGGAUACAGCGAGCCGCUGCUGGUGCCCCUGACCGGCUGGCUGCAGGCGCCGCUGCCCUCGCAAAUUAAAAGCGUCACCGUGCCCGCCGGCGUCAAACUGGCGCAGCCCUCGGCCACAGGACAACACGUGGUUUUGGUCGGGCCUGGCUCGAGCGAGGCCCAGCUGUGGCACGUCAUGUCCGGAACGAUGGUCUACUCGUUCGCCGGCCACACCGGGCCCAUCCACUGCGUCACCGUCACGGCCCAGGAGCUGCUAACGGGCGGCGAGGACCUUUCCGUCAUCAUCUGGGACUUAAAAACGAAAAUGCAGAGACUCAAAAUGACGGAGCACAUUGCGCCAGUCUUGAGCGUUGCGGCGACCGCAACCCUAGUGGCGAGCAGCGGAGAGGACAGCACGGUAAUCGUGGCGCAAAUUACCACCGGAGAGGUCAAAGGGAGGAUCGAUCACCACCGAGGGCCGGUCACUAGCUUAGCCAUUACAAGCUCAGGGGACGUUCUCAUAUCAGGCUCGACAGAUUCAACAAUUUGUUUAUGGUCCCUGGACGACCUGACGCUGUUGAACAGCGUGUCGUUGGCGUCGCCCGUCAAGAUGAUCUCGGUGUCGCCCGACAGCGUGUUCCUGCUGGCCGCGUGCGACAACAACCAACUUUAUUUGCACGCGCUCGCAACAGGCUCCGAGGUGCACUGCCUGCGAGGCCACAAGGCCGACGUCCAGUCCAUUAGCGUGGCGCGCGACAACUGCCGCGCCAUCGUCGGUGGCAGUGACGGAAGGGUCUACACGUUUGACAUGAAGAGCGGCCGCCUCAUCAGAAUUCUGGCCGGACACGGCUCGGCUGUCACGUCACUUUGUACCUCAAAGGACGACAAUUUUCUCAUUAGUGCUGGCGGAAACAAAAUCACAUUUUGGAGCUUCCGGCCCGAAGACGAGUGUCACACGGAAGGCGCCGUCAGCCCAAAAGCAAAAAAGCAGCAACACUCGGCCGCGAUCACGUGCGCCGCGAUCUCGCGGGACGGCGUCCUGGCCGUCACCGGCUCCCAGGACUGCAGCGUCAACGUGUGGCAAUUGCACUCGCACGAUUUGCAGUGCACCCUCCUGGGACACUCGGCGCCCAUCACGUGCGUCGCCUUUUCGCCCAACGGACUUUUCGCCGUUUCGGGCGCAGAGGACCACACGGCGCGCGUCUGGGGACUCACGCUCAGCGUCGUUGUUUGCUGUUUUGUGGGCCAUCAAGGAACAAUAUCUGACAUGGCAGUCACAAGUGACAGCAGACGAGUGGUUUCCAGUGACCGCCACGGCCUGAUGUACGUUUGGCUUGCCGACUCUGGACAAGUGAUGCAGAAAUUCUCUAUUUUGGGACAAUGGCUUUCCGUGUCGAACUCGAUGAAAAACGUCGUUUUCAGCAGCCCCGGCGAGAAUUGCCUUCGCAUUUGGACGAUGGGGCGGGACGAUGAGCGGUUCACAGUAUCCCACAGCGAGGAGAUCACCUGCUUCGCCCUCACAAACGACUCGCAACACGUCAUCACUGGGUCCAAGGACAUGUCGCUCAAGGUGUGGCAACUGGCCGGAGGAAAACUGGCGCAGGUUCUGGUCGGACACACCGACCACGUCACUUGCAUCGCGGCCAACAAGGAUUUGGUCGUGUCAGGCUCGCGGGACGCGAAUCUGAUAGUCUGGGACAUCAAAACCGGCUCUGACCUGCACACGCUCACCUCUCACCUCAGCUACGUCACCUGCGUUCAGAUUUCCGCCGAUGGAACGCUGGCCGUAUCAGGCUCGGAGGACCGCAGUCUGGUGGUUUGGGACCUGAUGCUGGGGCGGGCUCGCUGCACAUUGUCGCUCAACUUGCCUGUGGUCGCGCUGCACAUGAGUUGCGAUGCGGCGCGGAUCAUGGUCCAGCUGCUCGACUGCUCUCGUCUGCCCAUUGUCUGUCUGCACAACACGCCGGCAGCGUUCGUCCCGCCCGUCAACUACGCCCCGGUCAAAGAGCCCGAAGACUUGAGGUCGUCGGGCGGCGCGGUGCCCAAGAGGCCGAUGCGGAGGCUGCUGAAAAAAGAGGUGUCGCUGGACACGUACACGUGGCAGAAGAAGUACGGUCAUCUGACUUCAAAGGCCAUGUUUGCGGCCAUUGACGAGCGCCUCAAGAGGAGGUUCAGCGUAUCAGCCAGCAUGGAGGAAAUACCGCAAACCGUUGGGCCCGAGCAAGCCGCCUUGGCACAAUCACAACACUUUGAAGACCUGGAAGCUCUGUGGAAUAAAAAAUCUCCACCGCGCAGACGACAGAUGGUGAAGCAGAAUUCAUUGAUCAGCCGAAGAGAGUCCUCAGAUGGAGGCAUGUCCGACGAGAAAGAGUAAAUUCCGUUAGACUAGAGAUUAAAAUAAACAGAGGCACCCUUACCGUAUCAAAGUUUAAUCAGAACAGCCUAAUGGAGAACAAUGGCUCAGCUAGCGUUAGAGUUAAAACACAUAGCUGUACUUUAAACACAGAAAAAAAUAAUAAGUGUGUCUUCCCUUGAUUUAGUCGCAUGAAAAGUUUCUGGUGUACGCGUGUUGUACUGUUGGAGCGACCUGUUGUGACAAAAAAUUAAUAUCCAGCAUAAACAUCUUGAUUAAUUUAUAAUUUUUUAAACAAGUUAUGAAAGCAGUAUCAAGGCUAAAAUUGAAGCUAUAGUCUGUGAUUUACUUGAAAAGAAUUAACAUGCACAACUUUCGCACUUCUCUUGCCAAAGCACGAACUUUUCUACUCAAAAUAUGAACCAGCGCGCUGACAAAUUCUUAAGAGGGAAAUACUUGUAGGGACCGCUCCACUUGGUUCUUCUACUCACUCACUCACUCACACACUGCAACUGUAACAAUCAUUUUGUACUUGACCGUCCUUCCUGUUUGUUGUUCCUCGAUGUCUUUGUAUACUGCGCCGGAAACGAAUUGUUGAGAAAAUUAAUCAUCCUAUAAAAGCACGCAUGCAAAAUAACGCUUCUACCCUCACUCUUUCUUCCAUAUUGCUGUAGAGGUAGAAAGUUGUUGUUGUUGGAUGUGCAACUAAAUGUUGAAGCUAUGUAAUGAAAUAUAUCUCUUUGAUGCAAAUUUUGAAACAUCCCGUCGCGACGUCCUUUGAAAAGUGAAACGGCCGGCGGAUGUUUAUGCAUUGUUAAAAAAGGAAAAGCCUGCUAUUCUAAGGAACAAAAUAAUGGAGAAGGAAAAUCACGCGCUAUUUUUGUUUCCCAUUGUUGUGAGAAAUUUCAAACAAGACUGCCAAAACCAUUCCUCUCUUUUCUUAUAUAUCGGCGACGAUGUUAGAGGUUAAGAGAAUAAAAAGUAACAAAACGACCUUCGGGGUGAGUCAAGAAAAUAAAUGUAAUAACGAAAACAUCUCCCUGCAGGGAAAGAAGGAGAUGAAAGAAAUAGAAAAUUCUUAUACAAACAUAAUAUUAUAAUAGCAUAAUAUUAUAUAAUAUAUUUAUGUGACAUCCCCGUGGGUCAAAAAAUACAUAGAUGUGCGUAACUUGAAUGUUAAACGAUUAAAGUUAUUUACAAACGCAAUAAAUGUGUUCCUUGCAA